AUGGGAAUUUCACGAUUUUUCAGACGUUUGAACUGCUUUGCUUCUGCUCAAAGAAACCAAAAGUCGAAGUAAGAAUCAUUUUGCGGACCAAGUGAGUGCUCUCGCCUUACUAUCUUACUUCUUUUGUUUUAACUCACAAUCGAUUCUCUCUUGUCGCCCACAGGAGACAAAUGGAAAAAGAAAUCUCAAGCAUGCAAGAGUUGAUCAGAAUACUUGAACAAGAUAUCCAGAUCACAAGGUGAUGAAAAUAGUAGAACUUUUAUAUUAUUUGGGGAUCUCGCAGUAACAUGUGAAGAAAGUGAAUAAUCGACAUUCGGAGUGAAGGAUCCUCGCAAUGUCCGUUUUCUCAUUUAAUUGUGCGCACAGUUUGGAUGUGAAAUUAAGUUUUGCGUGCAAGUCGCGGAAGAGUUGGUUGUUUAAAAGUGCAUUCAAUUGAGAUAAUUGUUUCUAAACAGGAAUACUGUUGAGCUGUUCAAGCAGCGACAAAAAGUAGUGGAGGAGAAAGAAAAGAUGAGAAGAGACACCAGAUACAAUCUGAUGGCUCAAGUUGUGGAGAUUGAGAGUGAACUGGGACGAGCAUUGGAAGAGCGCAAAGAGCUGAUGUCACUUAUUAUGUAAGUAGGACUUAAAAAAAAUGCAAGUAGGACUUAGGUAUACUUAACUCUUAAAAUGUAACGAAUGAAUGAAUGGAUGGAGCGAUAGGAUGGGAUGAGACAGAAUGACAACAAGCGUUAAUACGUUACUUUUUCGCUCCACAGUGAAUGCGGAAUUCGAAAAACAGCCUUGGAAAAAGAUGUUCAAGCGAUGGAAAAGAAGGCGGAGUUUUUCUGGGAAGAUCUGUAUGAUCCAUCUCCAGUUUCCAAAAUGAGCGCCAAAACAUGGCAGGAGAAUCUGCGUCCUGUGCGUUCAACGAGUGACCUGAACAAGGCGGUGCUUAAGCCACCCCUGUGUUUUGUACAGGACGCAGAUGAUCUCCAAGUGUGGGAUGUACCUUAUGAUGCGAGUGACGACGAACUCUUUGCAGAAAGACUCAGAAAUGAAGUUUUAAUCACAAAAAGCAAAGAAACCUUCGUUUAA